UUCUUUAGGGUUCUAGCUUUAUCCUCCUUUCUUCUCUCUAUAUUUCUGCCUACCCCUCUAAGACAUAUUAUUCUCUGUUUGAUUUGAUUAUCUGAUUAUACACUCUCUUUAUUUCGUCAUUCAUUGUUCUCAUUUUUGCAAUUGUUUUAAGCUGGUCUAUAUAUCGAUAUAGCCAAAUUUUAUGCAUUUAUCUUGAAAUUGUGAUCUGGGUUCUCUGUGUUUGAUUCAAAUAACUGAUGAAAGAGAGAAAUUUUUAUACAAUGGAUGCCGUGUUUAUACUGCAAUUGCCAGUACGAAGUAUGUUAUUGAAAAGAGUAUAUUGAAUUUGUAUGUGCAGUGAUACACCCACAUUCUUUAACAGUGUUGUUUGGAAGGAAAUGAGGAAAGAGAGGGGGGGAAAAGAAUUUUUUUGGACGUUUAGAGAGAGAGAGAGAGAGAGAGAGAGGGAAAGAAAAUAACAGAACAGUAAUUAGAUUUCCCAAUUUAUCUUCAUAUUUCCUUCCAAUUUGAAAGGAAAGCAAGGACAAUGAGAGGAAUAAAAGCAUUAUAGAAGCAGCAAUGGGUAUCAGAGCAAGAAACGGUAAUGAUCGUUUGAGGACUGUUUGGACACCUGAAAUGGACAGAUAUUUCAUAGGUCUUUUAUUAGAACAAGUCAGUAAAGGGAACAAGUUUGAUGACCAUUUAUUUAGCAAAAGAGCAUGGAAGAACAUGACCUUAUUGUUCAAUACAAAAUUCAAAUUUCGUUAUGAAAAAGAUGUACUUAAAAAUCGCCAUAAAACGCUGAGGAAUUUGUACACAGCUGUAAAGAAGCUCCUUGAUCAGAAUGGGUUUAGCUGGGACAAUAAUCGACAGAUGGUGACUGCUGAUAAUGAUGUCUGGGAUGAAUAUAUUAAGAUGCAUCCGGAUGCACGUGCAUAUAGAAUAAAAACUAUCCCGCAUUAUAAAGACUUGUGUUUGAUAUAUGGAGACGCAAAAAUUGAAGAGAAAGGCGACAAUGCGCUAGAGCUGUUGCCUGAUUCAGUUGCAAGUGAAACAACUGAAGCAACUCAGGUGAAGAGUAUUGGUGGGGGAGAUAUGGAGACCUUUCAAGAGAUCACGGUUGAUGAAGAUUUUGGAAUCUCUAUGUCAAAUGUGGCAGUAAAUGAUUCUGAAUCAAAAGAGUUAAUGCAUGAUGUACAUCAGGCUACAACAAAUGUAAGUGGAAGCACAGCUAGCAACCGUACUAGGACAUAUUGGCAACCACCAAUGGACCGCUAUUUCAUUGACCUUAUGUUGGAACAUAUGCGGAAAGGAAAUCAGAUUGAUGGUGUUUUCAGAAAACAAGCAUGGAUGGAUAUGAUCACAUCCUUUAAUGCUAAAUUUGGCUUUAACUAUGAUGUCGAUGUUCUGAAAAAUCGUUACAAAACUCUGAGAAGGCAACAUAAUGUUAUAAAGAACCUUCUUGAAUUGCCAGGGUUUUCUUGGGAUGAUACUCGUCAAAUGGUGACUGCUGAUGAUUACGUCUGGCAAGACUAUAUCAAGACACGUACAGAUGCACGACAGUUCAUGACACGACCUGUCCCUUACUACAAGGAUUUGUGCAUGAUAUGCAAUGAUCAAAACUUUGACGAAAGUGACUGCUGCUCUGCUCAAUACUUGGAGCUGCAAAAUGACUUCCAAGAUGUUAAGGCUCCCAGACCUUCACAGUGUUUUCAUUCUCCAGCUCUGUCAGUUUCCACUGAAGAGGAAAUUGGCGAUAUGUUAGAAUCUGUAGAUACAGGUUCAAAAACUAGUGUGCUUAAUGAGAAUAAGAAACGCCAGUCCGAAAACCAGUCAAAUUCUGGUCACUUUAAAAAGGCUCGGGGCAAAGAGGAGGGGAUGGCUAAUGCUCUGCGGGAGAUGGCAACUGCAGUUUCAUCAUUAUCAGAUAAAAGGAAGGAUGAGAAUACUAAUUCUAUAUCAAUAGAGAAUGUAGUUAAAGCAGUCCAAGAUUUAUCAGACAUGGAUGAAGACCUUAUAUUAGACGCAUGUGAUUUCUUGGAGGACGAAAUGAAAGCUAAAACAUUCAUGGCACUGGAAGUCAAACUAAGAAAGAAAUGGUUGUUAAGGAAGCUGCGUCCAGAAUCGUAGGUCUGAGGAUUUUCUUUUCAUUCUUUGGCAGGUCGUGCGUACAUAUGAGGCCUUUUCUCAGAGUCUGCACAGGUUUUAGUUCCUUGGUCGUUACCAUUAGCUAUGUAAAUUUUAACUCAUCGAGCAUACAGGCUUAAAUCGAUGCAGGUUUCUUUUUUUUUAGAAAGGCAGUUUUGAGAUGUCAUGGAGCACGAGAAUGAAUGUCCAUUUUGUUUUCGGUGGAAUCCAUGAUCUUUGCUCCUCUAUAAAACAGGUCAAGGUUUUUUUUUUUUUU